CUUAGGGUGCAUCCUGUGUUUUUCUGCUAUUGGUCUUUUUGUCAUAGGAUGGCAUUAGCUCUGUGUCUGCAGGUGCUCUGCAGCCUGUGUGGCUGGCUCUCGCUCUAUACUUCUCUCUGCCGCCUGAAUAAACACCGAAGCUAUGAGUGGAGCUGCCGGCUGGUUACAUUCACCCAUGGAGUCCUCUCUAUUGGCCUUUCAGCUUACAUUGGCUUCAUUGAUGGUCCUUGGCCUUUUACUCACCCAGGCUCCCCCAAUACACCUCUCCAAGUGCACGUUCUCUGUCUCACCUUGGGCUACUUCAUCUUCGAUCUGGGUUGGUGCAUCUAUUUCCAAUCUGAGGGUGCCCUGAUGCUGGCCCACCACACACUGAGCAUCCUGGGGAUCAUCAUGGCCCUGGUGCUUGGGGAGUCAGGCACAGAGGUCAAUGCUGUCCUCUUUGGAAGUGAGAUCACCAACCCCUUGCUGCAGAUGCGCUGGUUUCUCCGAGAAACAGGGCACUACCACAGUUUCACUGGCGACGUGGUGGACUUCCUUUUUGUGGCUCUCUUCACAGGCGUGAGGAUUGGCCUAGGAGCUCGCCUCCUUUUCUGUGAACUGGUCUCACCCACGCCCAAGUGGUUUGUGAAGGCUGGGGGAGUGGCCAUGUAUGCUGUAUCAUGGUGUUUUAUGUUUAGCAUCUGGCGCUUUGCGUGGAAGAAAAGCAUCAAGAAGUACCAUGCCUGGAGAAGUAGAUGGAGUGAGGAGUGGCUGCGAAAACAUAACGGACAUUUCAAGGCACACUAA